AUGUUAGUGAAUUCAAUGACAACUGCAACCACCACUACUAAUAAUAUUAGCGGUAGUAGUAUAUUCGGAUCACCGUUAAAUAGUCCAUAUUCCAGUUUAUUUGAUAAAGAUGAAGAAACGUAUAAAGCAGCUGAAAAUUUACUAAAUGUAUUAGAAAGUGAAGAAACUAUGUCAAUGUUAUUAAAUCGUAUUAUAGCUAAUGAAUAUGUCGUACCAUCUAUUUUAGUCAGUUGUGUAAAUGUAUGUAUUGCUUUAAUCGGUAAAAGGAAGCCUGAGUCAAGUUUUCCUGUUGGAGAAGAUGGACAUGGUUUAGAUUUUGAUGCAUUAAUUAAAUGUUCCGGUGAUAUUAGCAGUAAUUUGAAAUUUAUAUUACGUAAUAAUACUAAUCUGGGCAAUAAUCUCUCUUCUACUGUUGAUAAUUAUCAUAUUAGUGAUCUUGUUGAAAAGUCUAAUCAAUUCAUUACUUCAUCAAAAGAUGAUAAUACUAAUACUACUACUACUAAUAAUAAUAAUACCGUUAUUGAUAAAUUACAUAUAAUGAAAGCUUCAGAAAAUCUAAUCAAAACAUCUCUACCACGUUUAAAUGAAUUGCAUGAUUUGUUGAAACGAUUUCAUCCACAAUUUUAUAAUUGUAUGCCAACAACUCAUUGUACAUUAAAUCCACCACUUGGACGUUGUCGUCUAUCUAUUCUACAAUUAAUUGCUUCACUUAUAUCUUUACCUAUUAGUACUAAUUUAUCUAAAGCAAUUGUAGAUAUUGGAUUUGUAAAAACUUCAAUGGAAUUAUUCGCCUUAUAUCCAUACAAUACAUUUUUACAUCAUUAUGUUACUGAUAUUAUAAAAUCAGUGUUUAAACAUUCAGGAUUUGUGAACAAUAUUAAUGGUAAUAAUAAUUCCACUAAUGUAUCUGAUGAUAAUAAAACAAAUCAUCUCAUCAAUACAACUCCUAGUACUAUUACUGUUGAACUAUCUUCUAAUCAUAACAAUAAUCAAAUCACCGAAUCUUUAUCCCCUUCAAUCUCAUCAUCAUCAUCAGCUGAUUCAUCGACGAAUACUGCUACAACUGAUUCUGAUAAUGUAAUCAGUUCAACAAAUUCAUCUAAUACUAACCAACUUAAUCCAUAUGAUAAUGGUAGUGGUAUUAAUUUAAUUCAUCAAAAUGAGAAUGAAUAUAGUAGAAAUAUAUUAAUUAGUUUAAUAAAAGAUCAUCAACUUAUUGAUUGGUGUUUAACAUUAUCCCCUUUACCAUCAUUAAAUGAACGUCCGAAUGAUGGGGAUUCACCGAACUGCUUAGUUCGAUUAACAAAACACCCUGUAAAAUCAGGUUAUUCAGGACAUAUCUGGCAAAUUGGUAACCUAAUUGUAGCAGCAAUGAAUGGUCCGUAUGGAGAGUUUUUAAAAUCUCUCAUUCAAGAUUUACAUCCGAACACUCAAAAACUAUGGUCAGAUUUUAUCAAAGAUCUCGAUGGGAUCAACUCUGUGCAAGUUGCUGAGACAUCUCAAUCUGCCAUUGAAAAUCUUAAUCAUUCUGAUGUCCCAUUUGUUCUGGCACCUGUUACAUCAUCAAAUUUAAUGCAAAACAAAUUAUUAGAUCUAAAUGGAAAAUCAUCAUCUUAUUUCUUAGAUGAUAUUGACAAUGAUAAACAUGGUGAAUAUGGUAAAAAUAAUCAUGAAUAUCUUGCUUAUCAUCCAGUGAUACCAGCAUCUACAAUAGUUAAUCUGCAUCGACAAACUAUUUUACAGAAUUUUAUGGAUUCAUGGUUAGAUCCAGACGAAGAAUCUGAACAUAAUGAUAAUAGUAAUAGUAUUUAUGAUAAUAAUCAAUCUGAAGAAAAAGAUCAAGUUAAAACACCUGAUAUCCAUAUUGGAGUUCCUGGACCUUUAGGAGAAAUGUUUUUUCAUAACAAUAUUGAUAGCGAUGAUGAUUUUUUCAAUGAUCGUGAUAAUGAAGAUGAUGAAAAGGAUGAGAAUGACGAAUUGCAAAAAGGCAAAGACAAUAUUCACACUAGAGGUUAUUUUAACAUUGAAGAGGACGACGAUGACGAUGAUGAAGAAGAUCUUAAGUCACCAAUUCAAAUUAAACAACAACAUUCCAGUAAACAAUCAAUCAUUAACACUAGUAGUUCAACAUCUUUGCUGCAUAAUGAUUCAAAUAAAUUAACUGAAAUAUCUUAUGUAACAACUCAUAAUAACGAAUCUUCUGUCAACAUAAACAGUAAUGGUAAUAAUUUAAGCAAACUAUCUACAACAAUACCUACUCCUACAACUACCACUACUCAUACUACUACUACUACUAUUAAUAGUAGUAUAUCAGAAGAUAUCGAAAUUCAAUUAUUGAAUAAUGAUGAAGAAACAGACCAAAUCAAACAUAAUACUUCAUCUGAAUCAAUUGUAACAUUAUUAAAUGCAAAUUUUUUUAAAAGUGAAUAUCUUUUACUUUACACAAUUUCGUCUGAUAUCGACAUGUGUCCAUGUAAAAAUGUGUUACGCAACACGUGA